CCAGGAAGCGGCGAGCGCGCUGGGGAGCGCAGCUGCGGGCGUGGGGGGAUAGCAGCCGCGGAGCCGGCCCUGAGAGCGGCCGCGGCAGGAGCGAGCGGCGGAGACAAAGGCUACGAUAGGGCCAGUUGUGAGUGUGUGGAUUUUUGAGUAAAACCUCGAACCCAAAUGAGAAGAAACCUUCAAGAAACAACUUAUACUGACAGUGAGUUUACAGUCAUCUGUAUGCAUAUUAUGGAAUGUUCUCAACCCAGAGAUAGCUCUCUUGACAAGGAGUGAGUGACUACCUGUUAAGGUCCUGAGUCAAGACAACAAUUUUUAUACCUUUCCUGUGGUUCAGAAACAAGUCCCUGUAGAAUCAAAAGCAAAGAAAGGAAACAAUCUGACCUUUUGUUUGUUAGAUUGACUAUAUAAGAUACUUGACUUCCAGGAACAAAAACACAGAGAAGUAAUAAAGUUAUUAUUUUGGCAUCUUUGGACAUCUAUCAUAUUGAGAAGCCUGCUUUGUGAAGCUUCCUGAAUUGAGAUUUGGAAACUUCAUUGGUGCUCAUUUAUAACUUGGACUGUAAGCAUGAGUGAAUUCUGGUUGUGUUUCAACUGCUGUAUUGCAGAACAGCCUCAACCUAAAAGGCGCCGGCGGAUUGACCGAAGUAUGAUUGGAGAGCCCACAAACUUUGUGCACACGGCUCACGUGGGGUCAGGAGACCUGUUCAGUGGGAUGAAUUCCGUUAGCUCCAUUCAGAACCAGAUGCAGUCCAAGGGAGGCUACGGGGGUGGCAUGGCUGCCAACGUGCAGAUGCAGCUCGUGGACAUGAAGGCAGGAUAGCCCUGGACCCCUCCUCCAUGUGAUGGCGUCUUGUUCACCCUGUUUUGAUUACUCCAGUGACACGUUACUAUUCUGCUCUGAAGAAACUAUUGUCAGAAGAAUCCUGCAUUUCCUUCAGCUGGCAUGCAUGCCUUUGGACUCACGGACAGAGUUCUUUGGAUUGUGGCUUAAUGAUUGAUUUUUAUGAAUAUGGAUCUGAUUUUAGCAUGAUCUUUUUUGUGAAUGCUAGCACUGUUUUGCAUUUUUUCCCGCAUUUUUAACAAUUUCUCUUUCCACCUCCAUCCCCUCUGCCUUAUGAUUUUAUUGGUAAGCAAAGAACUGCUAUUUUAAUUUGUCACCAUUUAUGUAUAUUUUGGAAGGUAUGAGAUCCAUAAGCACAAUGAUCACUUCUAUUCAUUUGAAACUUCAGCAGAGUAGUAUCUGCAUGCUUUAUGAAGUUACCUGUAUGGGAGCCCAUGGGAUGCCAGAAAUGAACAUUUCCUUGCUGCCACGGGCUGAUGAUACUGCUGCUAUGAGAGAAAGGUUAGCUGUGGCACCAAGUCACAUCAGUUUCACAAAAAAAAAGCAAUUUGUAGCUUAUUUUAGAAGUAUGACUUUUAUUUAGAGUUAUAAUAAAAGCUUGCAUUCAUAAGGCA